AUGCAGCCAGUUGAACCAUUAGAAAACAUCACAUCUAGUACGGAACCAGCGUCAGGUACCCAUUCUGUAAAUUCUGAAACAUUAAAAUAUUCUACAAAUAGUGUGAAACAAGAAGAGCCUACAACAACAAACCCAUACGUUGAUACUGGACAAACGGUUAGUAAGGCAACCUCAUCAUCAGAAUACACUACAAGUAGAACCAUUGCCAACGAGUCCACGCCAUUGUCAUCCAAUGAAUAUCAGGAAAUUACUACUGGUGAUAUAGACCUCAAGACAAGUACUGUUCCUGUUCAAUCAACAGGUACAGUUCAACAACCAACAACUGAAAAAGCCUCCCAUUCCACGAUUAAAGACCUUACAGCAUCUGAAAAAAGUAUUUUGGACCAGAGUGUACAAGGUACGAAAAGUAAUACUGAAAGACAAACAACAAAUUUGUUAUCAAUAAUGUUAUCUGAAUCUACAACAUUAACGGAAUCUUCAUCAACGGCGGAUGAUGACACUGUAACUAACUUACCAAGGAGGUCAGAAUCUUAUAUUUCUAGCCAAUCAACGCAAGGCUCAACUACCAGACAAACAACGCCGUCUAGUUCCAUGACAGACCAGACAACUCCUUCCGAUCUAACCACAAAAAGGGAAACUACUUCUGAUUCUAUCAUAACAGAGCUGACAACAUUUUAUGAUUCUACAACCUCAGAGCUAAUAACACCAAAUAGACCAGACUCUUUACCUCAGUCAACAAAGGACGAUUCUUUUACCACAGGGCAAACAACAAUUUCUUAUCUUGUCAUUCCAGAGCAAACGACAACGUAUGAUUCUAUCACUACAGAACAGACAUCAGGAUUCAAAUCUGUCAGCUCAGAACUCACACCACCGACUUAUUCCACCAAUACAGAGAUGACAACGCUGUCUGAUUCUAUGUCCUCAGCGAAGACAACACUGUCCGAUUUUAAUACAGCAAAGCAGAUAUCCCUGUCGAAUUCUGUUAAUACAGAGCAGACAACACCGCAUGAUUCUAUCAGUACAGAACAGACACCACCGCGUGUUUCUAUCAUAACAAACGCGGGAACAUCACUUGACUCCGUUCGGACAAAUUCUAUAACAUCGGAUGACUCAACCACAACAAAUCAAAGAAUACCAACUAACUCUUUCAUGAGAGAUCAAACAAAAUCAACUGAAUCUUCCACAAGAGAUCAAACAACAUUAGGUGACGUUACCACAAUAGGUCAAACACCAUUAGGUGACGUUACCACAACAGGUCAAACAUUUCCAGGUGACAUUUCCACAAGAGAUCAAACAACAUUAGCCGAGCCUACAACAAGAGAUCAGAUACCUUCAGGUCACCUGACUACUGGAUAUCAAUCAACGUCAGGUGAGACUACCACAACAAGGCAAACGUCAUCAAGUGACUCUUCCACAAGAGAUCAAACAACAUCAAAUCACGUUACUACCAGAGAUAAAACAACAUCAGACGACUUUUCAACAAGAGAUCAAACAACAUCUGAAUCUACAACAAGAGAUCAGACAACAUCAGGUGACUUGACCACAAGUCAAACGUCAUCAAAUGUCUUUUUCACAAGAGAUCAAACAACACUAACUGACUCUUCCAUAAAAGAUCAAACACCAUCUGGUGACGUUACCUCAAAAGAUAAAACAUCAUCAGCUGACUUUGCCGCAAUAUAUCAAACAACACCAGGUAAUGUUUCCACAAGAGAUCACACAACCUUAGCUGACCAUACCACAAGAUAUCAAACAACGUCGGUUGACUCUACCACAGUAAGUCAAACAUCAUCAUCUGACCCUUUCACAAGAGAUGAAGCAACAUCAACUGGCUCUUCCACAAGAUAUCAACAAACUUCAGCUGACUCAACCAAAAGAUAUCAAACACCAUCAAGUAACGUUACCACAAGAGAUCAAACAACACCAAGUGAAGCUCCAAUCAGAGAUCACACAACAUUACCUGAAUCUACAACAAGAGUUCAGUCAACAUCCGGUGAUGUUUCUACAAGAGAUACAACAACAUCAGCUGGCCCUACCACAAAAGAUCAGACAACAUCAGGUGACUCUACCAUAAUAUAUAAAACAACGUCAGGUUACCCUACCACAAGAGAUCAAACAUCACCAGGUGCCGUUACUACAAUAGGUAAAACAACAUCAGACUCUUCAAAAAUAAGCCAAGCAUUGCUACCUAUUUUAACCACUAUAAAUUCAGUCAAAUCACCAGACUCUAUCAUAACAAUUCAUAAUCUUUUACUUGAAACUACGAAGACAGACCCGGCAACAUCUAUUGAAUCGGCAAUAACAAGUCAAUCAACAUCUACUAAGUCAACCAACACCCUAAAGACUACUCCUGUUGUUUCUACUGCAAAUCAUCAAGACGUUACGUUUGCCAUUACAAGUCAGACAGAAUCAGCCGAUUCCACCACAAUAAACUCAAAGCCUGUCCACGAUUCUACAACGUCAAGUAAGCAAUCAAAAUCUUAUUCCACGACAAGUACAUCUGAUUCUAACACAAUUCGAGAUUCGUGGCUUAAACACACCACAGCCAAUAAUAACAUACCACCUGAUUCUACUACAACAAAACAGGAAACACCUGAUUCUGUCUCAACAAAUCAGGAAAUUUUACCUGGUUCUACGCCUACUCGUCAGACGACAUCAGUUAAUUAUAUCAAAAGUGAGACAACACCUGGUGAUUUUUCUUCUUUAACAAUGCAAGAUAUGUCGCCUACUUUUUAUAAUGAUACAAAGCAGUCAUCAAUUAUACACGAUUCCACUGUAUCAAGUAAGUAUUCAUCUACUUCUAUACAAUCGACAAAACCAAACAUUUUUGCAUCAACAGGGUCAAAAUCAACGGAAUUGACUCAUGUAUCACCAAAAACCUCAGGAAUUUCCACACAAACUCAUGUUUCGUCAACACCGUCGGGGUUUACCGCCUCCCCUGUUUUGUCAACGACCCAAUUAUCAUCAAUAUCGACAGCUGAACCUGACUUGUUACCAACAACUAUGGAGUCUGAUAGUAGUCAUUCAUCCACAGUGUCGACGUCGACCAAAUAUUUUCCACCAAUAACCUCCGAAUCUGACACAUCGAUCAAUCUGCUAUCCACAUUACCACAGUCUGACACACCAACCAAUGAGCUGUCCUCAACUGAUGAACCCCUAUCCUCAACACACAAGAUAAUAACAGACAAAUCAUCAAGAAUAUUAGAGUCAACGUCAACAGCAUCGAAUAUCACUGCACCAAUGACAUCUCCGUCUACUACAUCGAUUUAUCAACUACCAAUGACGUCAGAGUCUUCACAUUCCGCUGCAAAGUCUUUGAAACCUUUGGAGUCUACAAUAUCAAAUGAUCCAUCGACAAAAGAUGCAGAGUCUACGAUAUAUACUCAGUCUACAAAAACACCGAUUGAAUCAGCAAUAUAUACUGAAGAUCCAAUAACACCAGAGACGACCAUGUCUAAUUAUUUAGAGUCCACAACAUCAGAGUAUACUACAUCAUCUCAUUUAACACAAACAACGCUAGAUUUAAUGACAUCAGUUCAGCUGCCGACUUCUAACCCAAAGAUAACCACAUCUGCCCAUCUGCCGUCAACACUAUCGGAGUCUACCACAUCUACCCAUCUGCCGUCAACACUAUCGGAGUCUACCACAUCUACCCAUCUGCCGUCAACACUAUCGGAGUCUACCACAUCUACCCAUCUACCGUCAACACUAUCGGAGUCUACCACAUCUACCCAACUACCAUCAACAAUAUCGGAGUCAACCACAUAUUCUCAUUCAAAACAUACUACGAAUGAGGCGGCCACAUCUACUCAGGUACCACCAGCUGAACCAGGGACUUCCACUGUUACCCAAAGACCGUUUAAAACUUCACAGUCUACCAUUUUAAAUCAAACACCAACACAAACCAAUCAGUUUUCAACAACACCAUCCGAUGCAACUCAACUGUCAACAACACCAGAGUCUACAAGAUCUUCUGAUGUAACACAUACAACGAUUGAGUCACCCAUAACUAAUGAGGUUCCAUCAACAACACAGGAACCUCCUACGUCGACAAUUAUACAGUCAACAACACCUACGCAUUCAACACAAACAACGCAAGAGGCAACAGAGUCACUCAUGUCUACUUAUAUAUUAUCAACAAAAUUAGAACAAGAUGAUCAUACAAGUAUCCAAACAACAGGUAUGCUAUUGUUUCUGUAAUUGUACAAAAGAUAAAAGGAUAUAAUAACAUGACACACUACAAAAUGCAGUUCGAUCAAGCUUUCCAAACAGUAAAAGGUGAUGAAGACAGCAGAAAGUACUGCUGAAAUG